AUGUCAACCUUUGGCGCCCUUAUAGCCGCCCAUCUGGUGAGUCCUGGCAACCUGGUCAUCGCCACGGCUACAACCAGUGCGGCCAUAGCUCAGCACACAGACGCACUCCUCGGACUCGAUAACUAUCGCGAUCGACUAACGAUCAUCAGCUUUGUAGCUGACUCAGCGCGGCAUGACGAUGCUCCUACGACCCUGUCGACCUUGAUCGGACGCUCCUACACCUCUUGUACGCUCCACGGUCGGCGUCUCGUGGAGCAGAUUCUCUUGCAUCCCGAAUCCACUCUUCACUUAACAGACGAGGAGUAUGAGGAAUAUCGCAUCGCCGAGAAUCACAACUCCGAGGCCACGGAGCAAGCGGUAGCCAUCCUGCUCCGCGUUCACGUCCCGUCUGUGAUGUUUCUAACUGCCUCUUCGUUGCUAAACUCCGCCAAGCUAGGCGGUCUUUUCCACGGUACGUUGGCCUCCUGCACGGUCAUUAUCGAUGACAAAACCUUUCAACUGCCCAAUUCAGCUUUCGUCGCUCUUACUACACGAUCUCCCCCUCGCACGACAUAUCUAUAUCGAGGGACGCAUUCUAGCUUGGAGCCACAAGUUCGCUGCUCCCGGACCCAUCCCGCUCUAAACGAGCUGCUCAACGUUCUGGUCUACGACGAAGCUCUCACCAGCGGCACACCAGCACACCAUCGCUCUCUAAUGGUAGAUCGAUUAACACUGCCUAAUCCUGCAAUCCCUUUCAUGAUGGUCAACAUCGAGGGUAUUCCAUCUGAAUCUUUCGGCGUCAUGACAUUUUACAAGUGCCAACAGCGGCUUAUCGAACGCACAAUUUGGAUCCUCGGCAUCCAUCUUCACACUCGACUCGGUCCAGGGCAGCGAAAUGAAUGCCACCCUCAUUUUAACCACUCGCCCCGACAUCGCACCAUCUACAGGUGA